GUCGGAUUUCCUUGUUAAAAGAAGAAGAGAAGUAGGAAGACUUCCCUGUGGCCAAUAAUUCAUUCCUCUUUGGAAACAGUUAAAGGAAAACACCGUUUCCUGCCUCGACAUGUCUACAGCGUACAGAAACAGGAUACAAGAGUUCAAAGUUGCCUUGGCUGAAGAAAAAAUCAACUUGAAGACACUGAGGGAGCUGUGCUUCAAUGGAAUCCCUUUUGAAGGAGGCAUACGAGCGCUCUGCUGGAAGAUCCUUCUUAAUUACCUACCUGUUGAUCAGACCCAGUGGGAGUCUUUCCUGAAAAAGCAAAGGGAGGUGUACUCCCAGUUCCUAAAGGAGAUGAUCAUCCAGCCCGGCAUCGCCAAAGCCAACCUGGGCCUUUCCAGAGAAGACGUGACGAUGGAGGACCACCCUCUGAAUCCAAACCCUGACAGCAGGUGGAACACCUACUUUAAAGAUAAUGAAAUUCUGCUGCAGAUCGACAAAGACGUGAGGCGGCUGUACCCGGACAUGGCGUUCUUCCAGCGCCCCACGGAGUACCCCUGUCAGCUGAUCCUGGACCCUCAGAACGACUACGAGACGCUGCGUCGGCGAGUGGAGCAGACCACGCUGAAGUCACAAACAGUGAACUGCAACCGCAGCGGGGUCACUAAUGUGAGUUCACCUGGAAAGGCGCUGAACCUGUAUCCGUCUAACGAGUACGAGGUGCUGCCCAAUGGCAGUGAAGCCCAUUGGGAGGUGGUAGAGCGGAUCCUCUUCAUUUAUGCCAAACUCAACCCUGGCAUCGCCUACGUCCAGGGCAUGAAUGAGAUUGUGGGGCCAAUUUACUACACGUUUGCCACAGAUCCCAACAGCGAGUGGAAAGAGCACGCCGAGGCGGACACCUUCUUCUGUUUCACCAAUCUGAUGUCAGAGAACAGAGAUAACUUCAUCAAGAGCCUGGAUGACUCUCAGUGUGGCAUCACCUACAAGAUGGAGAGCGUGUACUCCAUGCUCAAAGACAAAGACAUGGAGCUAUAUCUUAAGCUGGAAGAGCAGAACAUCAAACCACAAUAUUUCACCUUCCGCUGGCUCACCCUGUUGUUAUCUCAGGAGUUCCUCCUGCCAGAUGUCAUCCGCAUCUGGGACACACUUUUUUCUGACCAGGACAGAUUCCAUUUCCUCAUCCUGGUCUGCUGCGCUAUGCUCAUACUCAUCCGGGAUAACUUAUUGGCUGGUGAUUUCACAGUGAACAUGAGAUUACUGCAGGAUUACCCCAUCUCAGACGUCCACACCAUCCUGACCAAAGCCAAAGAGCUGCAGGAUACGUCCUAACCUGGUCUCCCUCCUCAUCCCGCCUGCUCUGGUCAUGUGUGGUAGGUGGGAGUCGAAAACAAAAAGGAAAAAAAAAAACAACAAAAAAACAUUUGUCAUGUCAAAUGUGUUGUGGAUGGACCUGACCAAUGAAGAGUCUGCACAGAUGUUUGGGACAGCGUGCAAAACUUGGGAGGACAUGCGGAAACUUCCUCGAAAUGAGUGGAGGCUGGAAGGGUGCCAUGUGUCAUAAUGCAUUAUGGGAAAAGGCUCCCUUGGUACGUGCCUGUCCUGCUUUCUCAGCCAUCUCUCCCGUGGAGACAAAUGAACGUCUGUAGGGAGGCAGGGCCACAGUAAUCCUACACUACCAAUCGUAACCAGAUGUGUUCAAUGAAGGAGCCAAGAAUUCAAAGGAAACUCUCACUGCGAUCACGUAUGUAGACCGAUUGAGUUUAACUGUGUUGAGCAGUAUGUGCAUGCAUGUUCUCCUAAAAAAAAAAAAAAAAAAGUUAAUUUUCAAUGAUUUUUGCUAAUGUAAGAAACAUGUAUGCCUUAUCUUUUGAAGGAUGUGAAAUGGGAGAUGGCAUUCCUGUGUAUAUUUUCACUCUGACAUCAGAAACAUGAAGCGUAGGUUCCGCCUGUUAUCAUCUCAGCAGUGCUUUCUAAACUUUUGGAGAAUCACAGCAGAAGGAAACUGCUGUUGAAAGACAGGUGUUGUUUUUUUCACACUGAACAUUGUUUUCACAGCAGUUUUUUUUUUGUUUGUUUUUUUGCCUCUAGCCCAAUGAAGCAAUAUAAUUUCUGAUCAGCAAUCAGUCGAGCUUCUGGAAAUUGCCAAUUUAGUGUCAUCGGCCAAUCGGAGGAAAUGUGUGAGGAGCUAAAACAGCUUGUUUGAGACAGAAGGAUUAACUGAGGGGCUUUAUCAAAGCCCAGGAUAAGAUAAAGAAGGAUUAUUCUUAUCUAUGAAUCAUGCACAGUUGCUCAAGUAAUUUAAAAUGAAAAGAGGGUGUUUUUUGUUUGUUUGAUGUUUUUGUUUUUGGAUAGUAAGGAAUUAUCUUUACAUUGCAAUGCAUCAACUACACAGCUGCCUUUUAAGCAAACUUCAAAUUUGAAAGUUGAAGACAUUAUCUAAAAGUUGGCAUGAACCACUUCUUUUCUAGUCUUCUUUGCUACAGAGUGCAGUUGUUCAGUCAGAAAAGAGGCUUGGCUGUUUAUUACAAAAUAAAAGCCUUGCUAAAUUGCUAAGUUAAUCACUUUUGGUUUAGACUGAUGAUGUUCAGUGUGAAACGGCAUCCUGGCUCAUUGCACUUUUCUCUUCUAAUGUGCACGUCUGUGUCCAGCCUUGAGCUUGUAACACGUCAGUGAGGAGAAUCGAUGCAGAAUCAGAAAAGAAGCGAUCUGUUGAAGCUUAUUGAGUGAUGACGCUCAUAUGAAGGCACUCUGUGUGGAUAUUUGAUCUGAACACGGAUGAAAAGAGGUCAUUCUAACUCUAAGAAUUUGUAAUGUGGCCCUACAUGCACAGGCCUAGCAGGCACCAGGCCCAGGGCCAUUAAAGUGCAGUGUUUAUCGUCAUUACAAACACUUCUCAGAAGUUGGUUUGGGCAUUAAAUAAUCUAAGCUUUCCCUGUCUGCUUUUUAUUUUCUGCUUCUUAAAAUUAAACCUAAUCUUACACACUAUAGAAACAUUACUUUUCUUCAUUUACUUUUUACCUACAGUCUGUAACAGUGCUGAACUUUGAGGAAGUGUUAAGUUGCUCUUUCACUUAAACUGAAAAGAUUAUUCUUGCUCAACUUAUCAUAAUGAAUCAAAGUGGACCUGUUCUUCUUUUCCUGUUUCCUGUGUCAUAGUUCCUGCUCCAGUGGUGGAUGUUCAUAUUAAACACUGCCAAAAUUUCAAAUAACGAGGUCAGUGUUUGUACAGUUAGUCCCUUUGAUACCAAAGCUCAGGCUGCAAAAUGCUCCAAACACUCAUUUUUUUUCUACUUUUGGACUUGCAUGAAGUCACAGAGAAGGGACGUCCCUAAUAUAGUCCUCUUAAGCACAGACGCCCCACACACUUCAGUUGACAAGGGGCAGCCAGUCAGAAGAAAGUUGGCUUAAAGGGGGUGGAGCUAAAAUGGCUAGCUUGAGAUCUAAAGGACUGCUCCAAGGCUCGGUGUAAGAUAAAGAAGUAUUAUUUUGAACUGUGAAUUAUGCAACGCUCCUCUUGUAGAGUGCAGGAAAAAAACUGGAGCUUGAAAUUAGAAGAAUGGAUCCACUUAAAUCUAAAACCAGUAAAUCUCAGAACCUGAGAAACGGCUGUUUUGUUUUAGUGACCGCUUUUAACUGUAAGACCUAAUAUAACACUAACUGUAAAUCGAACAACAGCUUCAUAUGGGAAUAUGUAGGUAAAAAUUAAUGAAUUACACAAACUGCUUUAACACUUUGAGACUAUGAAGUCAACAUUAGUUGGGUGAUGAGGUGAAUCCAGAUAUAAAGUUUUUCCUGAUGGAAAAAACACAAAUUUUCUUGGAAAGUUAUGACUUUAUGAUGUCAUUUUGGCUUUUUGUUUUUUUGUUUGUUUUUUUUGUUUUUAAAUCUUCUUUAAUGCUUAACAUUUCUUUAAAUAUCACUCUUCUUACCUUCUUUAAACCUGCAAUGGCCCAUAAAUUCUGCUGUAAAACUGAUCUAAGGGUGUUUUCACACCUAUGGUGUUUAGUCUGUUUAACUCGAGGAUGUGUGAACAUGGUGAUCACAGCAAAACAACCACACCGAGACCCUUUGGAGGAGGUGGUCACGGUGCGGUUCCAAAUGAACUCCAGAGCAGUUCGUUUAUGGUGGGAGCGGGACCCCAAUCUGAACCAACUACCAGGUCUACGCUACAAGUCUGAGCUAAAAAACGUCCCGUAGUAACAUAUGGUUGGAUUCACAGUACAGACACAUCUGGUCGCUGAGUGGACCGAACAGUUCACUUGUAUUAAUCUCUGUGUGAAAACAGACCAAAGCACAGGGAAAAGCUACAAGUUUACAAACUCAUCACUUAUUUAGACCAGAGUAAACGAAUGAUAGGUGUGAAAUCCCCCUAAACUAACAAUAGAAAUCAAUAUUUAGUCAAGCUGGAGAUGGUACGUCGCACUUUAAAUGAAAUGACAGAUCUUCCAAAAUCUGUAUUUUCAGAUUGUCCCAAGUAAUCUGAGCUGUUUUUGUUUUUUAUUAAGGAAAACUGGAAUCAUUUUUUUCUGUGCAAUAAUUUCAGUUUAUUUAAUGAAGCUGUGCAAAAUAUUAGUCUGGAAAAACACAUUUGAGCUCUGUUUUAAAAACUGCAACCAAAUCAGUAUUAGAAUGACUACAGGUUUCAUAAUCUGAAGCCACAAUCAGAUCAUUAGUCAGCAAGAUUUUUUUUUAAUUUUAUUUUAUUUUUUUUAUUCUAAUCUUUCCUGACAAUAAACUGCAGAAAACUUCAAAAAGUGCAAUUUGGGUGAAACUUUCAAGGCUCAUGUCACCAUGUGAGAUAUAUGGCUGCUGAAAACAAGUGAUAACACAUGACCGGCCUCCUUUCUACCUGCACUUUGAUACCAGGGUUAUUCUCCAUAUCCUGGUAUCAUACUCCUGCAGUUUAAAUGUGUUUUUCAACCACAAAAAUAUUUAGAUCUCAGAAAUCCUGGAAAGAAUACAUAAAUAAAAAAGCACCAAAUUUCAUCCCAGUUGAUGAGCUUUAAUGUCCUGUUACUGUACAAACACCCACGGUGUUAAGAUAAAGUUAUGAGUAGCUUCAAUAAAUGCACUGGCGUUAUUGUACAAACAAAAAUGAGCUGAUUCUGAGGAGGUCUGCUGGGAACUUUUCUCAUAUUUUGCUGAUUUUACAUAAAAUCUGUCUCACUUCUUGUUGUACUUUCUAACCUCUUACUGUCCAUUGAGUAGUUAAGGGUUCAGUCAGAUCUUCCUUUUCUGUUUUAUCUUAUAACAGAUGAACUUUGAGGCCAAAAUUCCUUUAAGAGAGUUGACUUGAGAGGCCCACGUGCUGAAACCAUGUUUGUUAACAUGCUUAAAAUGCAACUGCAUCACUGUGACUGAUACAAGGUUAAAGAUCAGUAAUCACGUUAAAAAUCUGAGAUUACAGUUUUUCCCCCAAAUAGUCACAAUUAUGAUUUUUACCAUAAGUAGCCCUGCCACAGCUACAGAGGUUGUUCAUAUUUCUGCUGACACUGUUAAAUCGAUCUUUUUCAUGUUUCUGACUCUGCGAGGAACAAACGCACAACUACACUAAUCUUUGUUUCCUGACAACCUGCAGCCGAAGUAAAAUCUGCUGUUGUUUGUUUUGCAUCUCAAGAAAAAGCGGGCAUGAAAAUUAAAGUAUUUAAGUGUAUUUUAGUUUCAUUAAACCACUUCUGAACAUCUGGAAUAUUCUGUUCAGUGUGAAAGAGCAAGUUUACGAAGACCAAAAUUAUUCUGUAUUUUUACUAUGUUGGGAUUUUUUAUUUUUUUAUUUUGAGGGACUGUUACUAAUUACAUCCACAUGCACCUCUUUUAAUGUGUAUUUAUUUCUAUCCUGUGUGUGUGUGUGUGUGUGUGUGUGUGUGUGUGUGUGUGUGUGUGUGUGUGUGUGUGUGUGUGUGUGUGUGUGUGUGUGUGUGUGUGUGUGUGUGUGUGUGUGUGUGUGUGUGUGUGUGUGUGUGUGUGUGUGUGUGUGUGUGUGUGUGUGUUUGAAGGGAGGGGGUGAUGUUCUCUAUACUCUCAAUGUCUUACAUCAGUUAUAUGCAUGGAAUGGAUUUUGUAAGAUGAUUUUUGUAAAACGUCUCCAGUGUUAAGACUUGUAAAUAUGUUUUUACAUGUUUGCAGACGUGCAUUAAAAUAAACAAUGGGAUAAA